AUGUCAACGAUAUCGUACGCGGCGUCCGCGUCGGUUAUCGGUUCCUCGAUUCAGGGAUAUCGAAAAUCGGACAAGAGCUCUCCAGUUUUGAGCAGCGCUGCCAGGCUUCACAAGUAUCUCCGACGUAUUUUUCGAAAGAAUCAAAUGGACUUUGAAUUUGCCAUGUGGCAGGCCGUCUAUUUACUCGUCAACCCUCAGCAAGUUUACCGCAACUUUGCUUACCGGAAGCAAACGAAGAAUCAAUACGCUCGGGAUGAUCCGGCCUUUCUCGUCCUCAUUUCAAUUAUUUUGACUUUUACAGCAGUGUGCUUUGGAAUCGUGAUGGGAUUGGGGAUGAAGGACAUUCUGGAAUUGAUCCUUUGGGUGAUCAUUGUUGAUUUCAUUAUCUCUGGCGUGCUAAUUGCAUCGGCCAUGUUCUAUUUUUGUAAUAAGUAUCUGCGAUUGCAGCCAAAAAGCCACGGAAACGAACUUGAGUGGGCUUAUUGCUUCGACGUUCAUCUCAAUGCUACCUUUUCAGUGUUCACUAUUCUCCAUCUCGCUCAGGAAGGGACUCAAGAACUUUUCAACACUUCAGUUGGAUUCUGA